AGCCAACCACCAGGAUGUAGCCGCACGCGGCGACCCCUGCACACAAUGGACGUGCAGACCACUAAGAUCGUGGUAGCCAUACUCUUCGCAGCCAUACGGUUCUUCUUUGGUGUCUUGCCUGUAAAGCUAUAUUACGUUCUUAGAAGAUGGGAGGGAGAUGAUGGUUCAAACACCUUCGUCAACCAGAGGAGACACACACAGGUCAACUGCGCAAUAGCUUUGUGCCAAAGCUUUGGAGGAGGGGUGCUUUUUGCGACUUGUUUCCUGCAUAUGAUGCUAGAGGUUCAAAGCUCCGUAGAAGACCUAAAAAGAAUAGGCGAUCUAAACACAGAGUAUCCACUGUCCCAACUUACUAUCUGUCUAGGCUUUUUCUUCGUUUACUUUCUAGAGGAAAUAUCCCACUGGUUUCUCUCCAAGGUACCUAAGGAUUGUGAGCCGGCCAUCACCAAGAAAGUAAACAACUUCACGAAAGCUUCAGUAUCUCCUUUAGACACAUCUGAAACAGCUUCUAAUGCUUUUAUGAUUGAAGAUUCUUAUAAAAAGGUUGAGAAACAAUACGAAAAUGAGACAGAAAAAGAAGACGAAGUCAGUAAAGAAAUGGUAACACUCGAAGAAGAGAAUCGUAAAAAUACUGUAUAUGACACGCUUAGUCUGAACUCAGAGGCAGCCAAGCAGAGAGCAGAAGAGUUGGAUGUUCCCAAAGAAUUGAUAGAAGAGAACGAUGAAAAAGUGGAGAAAGAAAUAACGGACAAACAACAUAUGAUGAGAGGUGUACUGAUCGUAGUAGCCUUAUGUUUCCACGCAGUCUUCGAAGGUCUAGCUAUAGGUUUACAGAAAAGCACUGCAGACAUUUGGUUUUUGUUCACAGCUGUCUCUAUUCACUCUGCAACUAUUCUGUUCUGUAUAAGCUUAGAGCUACUGUUAGCAAAGUCUAGAGUGAGCUUUAUAUAUACCCAAAUGAUAUUUCUUGCUCUAGCUAGUCCAUUUGGUGUCUUGCUAGGUCUUGUCGUCACCCAGAAAUACGAUACAGAGACAAAAUCAAAGUCCAUGGCUGUUGUAUUACUUGAAGGGCUAUCAGCGGGUACGAUUUUGUAUAUAACGUUUUUUGAAGUUUUGAAUAGGGAGAAGGAAAGACGGGUGUACAGAGUUUACAGAGCAUUUUGUAUCAUUGGUGGAUUUUCUUUAAUGGCGUUCUUGCAGUAUUUGGAGGUGUAUGGGUUCUACCACUCGUCAUAUCAGAAUGCUACCAUGAGUAGCAGUGCAAUUAUAUAGUUCUUGAAGCUUCGAUGUAUUGUUCAAUAGUAGCUCUAGUACGAGCAGCAUGAAGCACCUUAUCUUAAAACGCUCAGAAACAAUGCUUGUAUUCGUACAGGAUAUUUUCUGGACGUGAUGCUAAACAAUUCAAGAGGGGAUUCUUUGGGUUCUUAUAAGGUUAUUUUGGCCCCAAGACGGCCCUAAAAACAGUUUUGUUAUGAAGAUGGAGUCUGAACAAAUAUUUUUUGAGUUUCAGUAAUGCAAGGUUCGAUCCUUCUCUUCAUAGACUAUUGAAAUAUAUUAGGGUCAUCUAUUAUUGGUCUACAUCCAUCAACUUCGGUAUGAUCGAUAUUAUUGGUUAGGUCUGAAAGGACCUUACUCCUGGACUUCUCAAUCUCUUGGUAUGAACCCCUAGCAGCAUCCAAACUUAGUCUAAACUACACUGAGAAAUGAUGUAUUUGAAAUUGUUUGGCAGCCUAUGAAGGGAAAAUUACAGCUCAUCAAGAAACCUGCUGCCUGAAAUUAUUGCUAUUGCCGUACUAUGUUGACUGUAAAUUGCUGUUAGCAAUACAAAAAGCAAUAUUAUGA